CUCAGCUUUCUUUUCUUCCGCUGUAACAUCGUGCCGUUCGUGCGUCCCUUCUUCUCCUUUCUCCUUCUUUCUUUUUUUCUUUCUUUUUCUUUCUCCUUUUCCAUCUUCCUCAUCUCUCCUCCGUUCCUCCUAUCUCCGCCGGCUCCAUCAACAUGGAUAAUGUACUGAUCUUUUUUCCGACGCCCAAGGAGAUCGAGACCGCCGACAAGGUCCCCCAUUUCGUUGACACCUUCUACAACCUCGUCACGGACAUUUACGAGUGGGGUUGGGGCCAAUCCUUCCACUUCUCCCACUCCAUCCAGGGGAAAUCCCAUCGCGAUCUGCUCGGAGUUGAAGGCCGGAGACCGAAUCCUGGACGCCGGCUGCGGCGUGGGGGGUCCGAUGCGUUCCAUUGCUGCCCGUCCUGGACGCCGGUUUCCCCUCUUUCUUCAAUUUCCCCUUCUUCUUCUUCCCCGUCUCCAUCCCCGUCCACCGUCCCUGCCGACGAACGUAUGUUUCAGUCCACCGCCGAUUGCAAAGCGAGAGGGAUCCAAAUCAACCUUUGGGCAACGUUUGCAAAGCCGGUCCUCAAGGUGAUAUCGUCGAGACUUAAGAAAGCCUCGAGGCUGAGCUCUGAUACCAAAUGUUAGGGGUGAAACGGGGGUCUUAUCAAGUUGAUAAUUUAGUGGCGGAUUUGCGGGGGAAAAUGGAAGGGAAAUAGUGGGUGAAAAUACGGAGGGUGUUUUAGGAGUUCUUUUUGGUAUUUUAUGGAAGAAAAGAAUAGGAUUAAGAAGGAGAAAUGGGGAGAUAAGAAAUGGAAGAAAAAUCAGGGAUGGAUAAACCAAGUUGGUGUUUAAGAGAUAUUACACACUCUUUUCCUAACUUGGGGUUUGAAUCUAGAAUUUAAUUAAGAUAUAACACACUUAAUCAAAUAUCUAGAACCUA